UGUUGUGUGAGCACAGGCCCGCUGUGAUUUGGUAGCCGCUGCAGUCAGAGGAAGGACCGCGGUUCUACCCCUUCUAUCUUUUAGUUUCGACUCGAAAUUUUAUAGGUGGCUCCUUGUAGUAGCGAUCAGUUAUUUGUGUGUACUCUAGUCGUGUUCUAUGAUAAUUACGUCGCUGUAUUAUCAAGCAACUGAGAUCACUCGCCAUUUUAAUCGCAGGUUUCCACUGACAGCAGCGCUAGCACAACAAUGGCUCUGAAAAGAAUCCACAAGGAAUUGAAUGACUUUGCACGGGAUCCUCCAGCCCAAUGUUCUGCUGGACCAGUAGGAGAUGACAGUUUUCACUGGCAAGCCACAAUAAUGGGGCCUAAUGACAGUCCUUACCAAGGCGGGGUUUUCUUCUUGACCAUCCACUUCCCCACAGACUACCCCUUCAAACCACCAAAGGUUGCAUUUACCACAAGAAUCUACCAUCCAAAUAUCAACAGCAAUGGCAGCAUUUGUCUUGACAUCCUGCGAUCACAGUGGUCUCCAGCUCUCACCAUCUCCAAAGUUCUCCUGUCCAUCUGCUCUCUGCUGUGUGACCCAAACCCGGAUGACCCCUUAGUACCGGAGAUCGCCCGUAUCUACAAGACGGACAGGGAAAAGUACAACAAAAUAGCCCGGGAAUGGACACAAAAGUAUGCAAUGUAGUGUUGGAGCGGGAUCAUUGCCAACCAGCUCUACGGCAAAAGUUUGGGGAGCUUGAGAUGUAAAGAGAAAACAAACAAAAAAAACACAUUCAAACAAAUGAAAAAGUUUCAAACAAGAUCUUGUUGGUUUCCAUUGGAGUGCUUUCAUUGAGCCACGCCUCCCCCUCACCAGAGUACCUGUAAAAGUCUCUCGACACCCCGCCCCUACCAUACGUGUCGUCCCUUUGUUUUCAUCUGUCUUGUUUCACCCCCUCCCUUCCUCACCUGCACACCCUCCCAUGUACUAACAGCCAAUGUGCAGUCGUCUUUAUUGUGCCCCCCCUCCACUCGGUUCUUCAUUCCUUUAUUCUGUUUUAUUUUGUCUACAAGCAGGUUUGGCUGUCGCUGCCUCCCCCAGCCCACUCUUACGUCCCCAUCCACACUCACCCCAGAUGUCCAUCACUUAAAGCAUUCCUUUGAGCAUCUAAACUUCUGAGGGGACCGUUUUCUUUAUUUUCCUUUUUCGGGGGAGGGGCACAAUAACUUGGAGGGAUUUUUACACACCUUUCUUGUUGUGUUUUUCCUUUUUGAUUUCCAUCUGUCGAGAAAGCAGACUGUCAGCGAGUCAGAGGGCACUCUGUUUCAUUUAUACAGUGAAAACUUAAUGAAUCGUCGCAGGCCAUUAGUGGUCUUCUGUUGGAUACUAUGAAAUGACUUGAAUUUAUCUCCACAUUUCCUGCUCCUCACACCUCCCCAAGUCGACCCAUUUGUACACAGACACACACACACACACACACACACACACACACACACACACACACACACACACACAAAGAACAAGUGCAACCCCGUGUCCACCCCCACAACUACCUCCAUUUUUGUUUCUUGACAAAGUGGAGGUUCCAGACCAGGUAUUUAAGCAAUUCAUUUUUUCUUAGUUCAACCUAUGUUUUUACCCCACCCUUCCCACCC